AUGCAUCCAAUGCAACUAAAAUUAAAACUACCUCUAAUUCUCUAUGGUGGAAAGCCCAACAACCAAACAACAACAGCCCGUUUAUCUCAAGAAAUGUGCAAAGCAACCGAAGCUGCUAUCUUAUGGCCAUGUUCCCGGAAGCUGAAAUUCGUCAUUCCCAAGAAGUUCAUCCACAACGGCAAUCCGCGUCCAGAACAAUGGCUUGACAUUGGCUCAAUUAACCUCGAAGGUGCCUUCGAUCAAGAAACACGUGAAUGCAUGAACUGA